AUGGCUCUCCGCGCCCCCUCUGCCGGCCUUCUGCAUAGCAUGCGAUGCGCCCUCAACCAGCAGCUCCCUCGACGGGCAGCAAUCACACUGAAGCCAGGCUCCAGCUACCGGGUCAGGAGCGUUGCCAGCUUCACGCAUGCUCACCAGGCGUCUGCCAUCUCCGUUCUGCCUACCACCGUCGAUACCUCGUCCGCAGACUUCCAGGAGAAUGCUAAGCAGAUGGAGGAAGUGCUCAAGAAAAUGAGCGACUUGCACACCAAAAUUGCCCAGGGAGGAUCCCAGAAGGCUCGUGAUAAACAUAUUGCUCGUGGGAAGAUGCUGCCCAGAGACAGAGUGACCGCUCUCAUUGACCCCGGCACCUCGUUCCUCGAGCUCUCCCCUCUGGCCGGCCACGAAGUCUACCCGGGUGACGAUGUGCCCUCUGGCGGUAUCAUUACUGGAAUUGGUAUGGUCGAGGGCGUCAACUGCAUGAUUGUUGCCAACGACAGCACCGUCAAGGGUGGAACCUACUACCCGAUCACCGUCAAGAAGCAUCUGCGUGCCCAGGCAAUUGCCCAGGAGAACAAGCUACCCUGCAUUUACCUUGUUGACUCUGGCGGUGCCAACCUGCCUCACCAGGCUGACGUCUUCCCAGACAAAGAGCACUUUGGCCGUAUCUUCUUCAACCAGGCUCGCAUGAGCUCUCUCGGUAUCCCCCAGAUCUCAGUUGUUAUGGGCCCAUGUACUGCCGGUGGUGCCUACGUUCCCGCCAUGAGCGACGAGUCUAUCAUCGUUGAGAACCAGGGAACUAUCUUCCUUGCCGGACCACCACUGGUCAAGGCGGCUACCGGUGAAAUCGUCUCCGCUGAAGACCUUGGAGGCGGUAAACUGCACUCUUCCAUCUCCGGUGUGACCGAUUACCUUGCUGUUGACGACGCCCACGCCCUGACCCUAGCCCGCCGCUCGAUAUCCAACCUGAACUGGCCCAAGACCACCUCCCCAUUGACGCCCACUUCGACUUCCACCGAACCCAUCAAGGAGCCCCUGUACCCUGCCUCCGAGCUGGCGGGGAUAAUGGGCACCAAUCUCCGUCGCCAAGUAGACGCGCACGAAAUCAUCGCCCGUAUCGUUGACGGAUCUGAAUUCUCCGAAUUUAAACGCGACUACGGCACUACUCUCGUCACUGGCUUCGCACGUAUCUACGGCACCCAGGUCGGAAUCGUAGCUAACAAUGGAAUCCUCUUCUCUGAAUCCUCACUCAAGGGCGCUCAUUUCAUCGAGCUAUGCGCCCAACGAAACGUCCCCUUGCUCUUCCUGCAGAAUAUCUCCGGUUUCAUGGUCGGAGCCGACGCCGAAAAGGGAGGUAUUGCGAAGAACGGUGCCAAGCUGGUUACUGCUGUUGCUUGCGCGGACGUUCCCAAGUUCACUGUUGUGUAUGGUGCCAGUGCUGGAGCAGGUAAUUACGGAAUGUGUGGCCGUGCAUAUUCCCCCCGGUUCCUCUUCAUGUGGCCUAAUGCAAAGAUCGGCGUCAUGGGCUCUGAGCAGCUAACCAACGUUAUGGCCGCGGUCGGCAAGAGCGUCGACCCCUCGCUGCGUGAUCGUAUCGACGCCGAGAGCGAGGCUGUCUUCUCCUCUGCUCGUCUCUGGGAUGACGGCGUUAUUCCUCCAGCCGACACUCGAAAAGUCCUGGGUCUAUGUCUGGCUGCUUCCGUCGGCGGACGUGCGGAGGAAGCAAAGACCAAGUUCGGUGUUUUCAGAAUGUGA